AUGACGUUCUUCCGAGUGACUUCCAAGUUCUGCCGAGGUCUCCAGUCGCGGUACGUCUUCUUUGAUUGGGAUCCGCUGGUCUUCUGUUUUCAGCCAAUAAAAGAAAUACGAAAAAUCUGGUUUUUUACUGAGUAACUCCAUACAUUCCUAAGGGGCUUUUUUGGACAUUUUUCAACGUGUCUGUUGGGCUUCACUCAAGUAUACAAUUUUCAUAACCCAUCGCCAAAACUUUUGCUUAUUCGCCUUCUCAUUUGAUUCUCUAGAAACUUCCUCCCAAAGUAUGAAACGAUCAUUCCAUCAAAAUUCUAAAUUUUUCAGGUUGACGUUGAGCCAGAGAGCGUUGCAUAACCCAGGAACCAACAACAGCUACGUUCAUGGGCCCUCGACACAUGCCUUGAAGUACGAGGUAACUUUGACCAACUUCAGAGCGAUUUGAUCGAACUUUCGUCUCUUCAGACGCUUGGCGAGACGCUCCAAAACGCGGUGGAGGCAACGCCUGAUAAAAACUUUGUCACUUUUAGUUCUUACGACAACUUGAAAAAAACCUAUGCAGAGUUUUAUGAUGAUGUGAGAUCUUUUUGGUUUAAAAAAAAAAUAUUCGAAUGGAAUGACAGGCACGUCGCAUGGCGGCUGGUCUAAUCUCUCUGGGCCUCGUUAAAGGCGACAGAAUCGGCGUCUGGGGCAACAACUACUACGAAUGGGUCGUCAUGCAAUACGCGUGUGCCAUCGGAGGCUUCGUUCAAGUUGGACCGCUCCAGAUUCUGAGCAGAAGGUCUUCAGGUGAACGUCAACCCCAACUACAUGUCCGACGAGUUGCGUUUCGUCCUCCGGAAGGUCAAAGUCCGUUGCUUGGUGACGCCUUCUCAGCAUCGAGGUCGCAACUUUCUUCAUUCGGUUAUGGAGGUUCGUCAUUCAUUCUCACAGGAGAUUCAUCGGAUUUUUAGGUAGUGCCGGAAAUGGCAAGUGGCAAGCCUGGAAUCGGGGCUAUUAAGUCUCGCGACAUGCCACAUUUGGAACACAUCAUCGUUUAUUCGAACGAUGAACCAGUUGUGUGAGUUCCUUUUGUUCCUGAAAAAAUAGUUUUUAUAUUAACAAUUAUUUGAAAUUUUUUGCCAUUCGUCUUAUUUCUGAUUUCAUCCAGAGGCGCAUGGAGCUUCAACGACGUUUGGUCAAACGCCGGAAGUAUGGACGUCAAAAAACUCAACGAAUUCGAAAACUUGAUCCGCCCUGAUGACGCUGUAAACAUACAGUUCACCAGUGUAGGUAUUUCCUUAACUCAAAGUAUGGAAAAGGACUCGUGGAACUUUUUUGAUUUCAGGGAACGACUGGACAUCCAAAAGCAGCCACUCUCACUCACCACAAUAUCAACAACAAUGGCUAUUUCGUCGGAAAACGCGCUGGAUGGCAUAUGAACGUGACUACUCUCCUCUGAGUUUCAACUUGAAAUUCCUCGUUCAGAAGCACAAUAUCUGCAUCCCCAACCCUCUCUACCACUGCUUCGGCUGCGUUUUGGGCGUCGUCGCCGCCGUAAAUCAUCAGCAAACUUGCGUUUUCCCUUCGAUCCGCUACAAUGUCAAGAAGAUCCUGGAAUCUGUGGAGAGAGAAAAGUUGUCCAAUUCUUCUUGAGAAUCAUUUUUUUCCUUCAUAGGUGCACUUUCCUCUUUGGUACGCCGACGAUGUUCAUUGACAUUGUGUCGUCGCCUCUUCUCCAAAACCACGACGUUUCUUCCCUCAAAGGAGGUUUCUUUCAUCUCCUUUUCUCUUUUUCUAUCAGUUCUCCAGGUUUCAUCGCUGGAGCUCCUUGUCCCUAUGCACUGUGCCGUAAGAUGGUGGACGAACUCAACAUGAAGGACAUCUACAUCAUCUACGGCUCUACGGAACUUUCCCCGGCCGUCACCAUGUCCAAGUCUUCUGUCGACACUUUUGAUCGUAUUAAGAGCGUCGGUCAUGUCAUGCCGCAUGCAGAAGUUUCGAAAAGUUUUGUUCCGAAGAUCCAGGAGUUCCUAGAUUGCCAUUGUCGACGAAAGCGGCAAGACAGUUCCAAAGGGAGUUCGAGGAGAACUUUGGGCUCGAGGGUAAAAUAUUUAGUUGGAGUCUUUACAACUUGUUCUAAGGUACAUGACUAUGCUGGGUUAUUGGGGAGACGAAGAAAAGACGAAAAAAGAGAUUUCGCAGGAUCGCUGGUAUCAUACUGGGUGCAGAUUUGACCUUUUAAAUUAAUUGAUGUGUUUAUAUUCCAGAGACACGGCUUCAAUGAACGAAGACGAGACCAUCAACAUCGUUGGCCGCUCCAAAGACAUGAUAAUUCGGGGAGGCGAGAACGUUUACCCCACAGAAAUCGAACAGUUCCUGUUCCAACUGCCUUAUAUCGCAGACGCUCAGGUAAUCUUGGUUCAACUGCAGGUUUCAGCGUUUUCUCAGGUGGUCGGUGUACCCGACGAACGUUACGGCGAAGCAGUUUGCGUCUGGAUCAGACUGAAGGAAGAAUACGUCGGCAAGAUACAGCCGGAGGACAUCCGAUCAGCGUGCAAGGGAAAGGUUCCGAGAGUGAAAUGAGCGAAGAAUGAAUCGUAAAAAUCGAAGAUUGCCCACUACAAAGUGCCGCGCUACGUUUUGAUCAAGGAACAGCAGGACUUCCCUGUGACGGCCACCGGAAAAGUCGCAAACGUUCAAGCGUUCUUUUAUGUUCAUUUUUCAGAUCAAAAAGUUCGAAUUGCGCAAAAUCAGUAAGGAACUCCUCAAUCUUGGCUCCGUCAGUUCUCAUUUCAAUGAGAACAGCCAAUAA